GUAUGACUAAAAUACCCCUUGUUUUCUCCCCAACUCUCAUCUCUCUCUCUCGAAAUUCAACUGAAAUACUCCCUCCCAUCUCUCUGAAGAAAUCGUGUACUCAUGAAAAAUGCCACAAGACGCAUUUCUCUCCUCAGAGCCUUCACACUAUUUCACCAAAAAACCAGACUAAUUUCAUCGAUUUCUCACAUUGAGACCACCAUGAAACUCUGCAAAAACAAGGCCCAAAUCACCCAAACCCAUGCCCAAUUCAUCACAAAUGGUCUUGCAAAUGAUCCUUUUGCACUGAGCAAGUUCAUAGAACACUGUGCUUUCUCCAUUUGUAACGCACUCCAAUACGCCUUUCUGAUUUUCUCUCACAUCCCACAACCUGACACUUACACCUUCAACACCAUCAUCAAAGCCUAUCUUCACCAUAACCUCCCCUCUUCCUCUCUCUACCUUUUCUCUGACAUACCCAAGAAAACCCCAAUUAAAUUCGAUAAGUUCACGUUUGUGUACCCCAUUAAAGCUUGUUCAAUUCUCCAAGCAAUCCAAGAAGGUAAACAAAUGCAUUCAGUUGUUAUUAAAUCAAACUUUGAUUCAAACCCAUUUGUUUAUAACGGUCUAAUUCAUAUGUAUGCUAAAUUCAGUGAUAUUGAGGGUUCUCGUAGGCUUUUUGAUUUGGGUUUUGCUCUUAAUUUUGUUUCAUGGAAUAUAAUGAUUGUUGCGUAUGUGAGAUUGGGCCUUUCUGAGGAGGCACGAGAAUUGUUUCAUGAAAUGCCUGAAAGAGAUUGUGUUUCUUGGACAACCAUGAUCAUGGGUUGUGUACAAACUGAUCGUUACAGUGAUGCAUUGGCCUUGUUCAACCAAAUGAGGGUUGUUUGUGUCACACCGAAUGAGGUCACUCUCUCUAGCAUAGUCUCAGCUUUCUCUCACCUCCAAAAAGCCAGAGAAGGCAGGGGAAUUCACGCUCUCUCCCUUAAAAGUGGGUUCGAAGGGCGUGUCCUCAUCUCCACUAACUUGGUUCACAUGUAUGCCUUGUCUGAGCAUUUGGAAGAAGCUUGUCGGUUAUUCGAGGAGAUCCUGGAACCAAAUAUUGUUACGUGGAAUGUGAUUCUUAAUGGGUUUGCAAAAUUGGGUUUUCUCAACGAAGCGAAACAAGUGUUCGAUAGAAUCCCUGAAAGAGAUGUGGUCUCUUGGGGUGUAAUGAUAGAUGGGUAUUUGUUAUCGGGCCAGUUCAAUGAAGCCCUGGAGGUCUUUCAUGAAAUGGGGAGGGCUGGAAUGAGGCCCAAUGAAGUCCUCUUUUCGAAUUUGCUCUCUAGUUGUGGGAAUUUAGCAAGGCUCAUUGAAGCGAAGCAACUCCAUGCUAUGCUCACAAAAAUUGGACUUGAUUCCUUUGUAUUUUUGCACACGACGAUUAUCCAUAUGUAUGCAUCUCAACGGCAGAUGGCCCUUGCUCGCCUUCAAUUUGAGUUGGGUCCAAAGCAAAGCAUCUCAUCUUGGAAUGCUCUUUUAGCAGGAUAUGUGAAAAAUGAAAUGCUAGACUAUGCUCAUCAGAUUUUUUAUAUGAUGCCCGAGAGAGAUGUGUUCACAUGGAGCUCUUUGAUUGCAGGUUAUUCUCAAUUUGGUCCUUUUGAAAUGGCACUGAAACUCUUCGAGGAUAUGAAAUCAGAGGGCAUUCAACCAAAUGAAGUAACAAUGGUGAGCGUCCUAUCUGCGAUAGCUAAUUUGGGUGAUCUUGAGAGAGGUAGAUUGGCUCAUGAAUACAUAAACAAAAAUUCAAUCUCAUUUAAUGAGAAUCUUGCUGCCGGGCUUAUCGACAUGUACGCAAAGUGUGGGGACAUUAUGCAUGCAUUGGAAGUUUUCUAUCAAAUUAAAGGCAUAAGUCAUGAUGUCUCACCAUGGAAUGCUAUGAUAAUGGGAUUGGCUAUGCAUGGCCAUGCAGAUAGAUCCUUAAGCAUCUUUUCGGACUUAGAGAAAACUCAUCUUAGACCCAACUCAAUAACCUUUAUCGGGGUCUUGAGUGCAUGCAGCCAUGCCGGGUUUGUCGAUUUGGGGCGUCAAAUUUUCUCUCGAAUGAGAAGUAAAUAUGAAAUUGAGCCUAAUAUAAAGCAUUACGGGUGCAUGGUGGACAUCUUUGGUCGAGCAGGGCUCUUGGAGGAGGCCGAAGAGCUCAUCAAUGGCAUGCCUAUGGAUGCUGAUGUUGUGAUAUGGGGGACCAUGUUGGCUUCAUGCAGGACUCGUGGAAAUGUCAAGAUAGGAGAGCGAGUGGCCCAACACUUGGUUGACUUGGAGCCUAACCAUGGUGGUGGCCAUGUAUUGUUGUCAAAUAUUUAUGCAGAGGCAGGAAGAUGGUGUGAUGCAUCCAAUAUAAGGGAAGCUAUGCGGGCAAAGGGCGUGAGGAAAUUGACAGGAUGUAGCGGUGUGCUGUGAUGGGUGCGAUUGCAUAAAUGGGUUGCUUCAAUACGGCUCAUCUUGUGGCUUGAGCCUUUUGGCCGACCCAUUGACUUAUUUCUGAUCAUGGGUCACUUGAAUUGGACAAAUAAGCUCAGAUGAGCUCAUUUGUCCAUCUGAUGCUUACAUUCAGUCAUGAAAUCAUUGAAAUAACGUGGACCACAUAAGCUAUCUUGCCAUUCCUUAGGCUGAAUAUAUUGGCUUCUUUCGAUUGCCUAUCUUAUGGAUAUGUGGCUGGCUGAUCGGAAGUGGUUAGCUUAGAGUUUUUGUGUAGAUUGGUUCAACUUGGCCCAAGCAUGUUCCUUUUGGCUUUGAUGUGGAUGUGGCAUGAAUAGGCAUUUCAGAGCAAGGACUUGUGCUCGGACUAACCAGGGUCCUAAGCCCAAGUGAGCCACAGAAUCAGCUGAGCUUGAACCUAUCGGCAAAGUUACACAGAGAUAAAGACGGGGGAGGGAGAUCUUGGAAGAUUUCUCGCUAUUUUUGGGGCUUUUAAUCCGGAACCAUACCGAAUCCAAAUGACCCCCUAUUCCGCAACCAAGUCAUCAAAUUUUGUAUCACUUUUGAAUCAUAUGAACUUGGUUGGUCGUUAGCUCAUGCUUUGAGCUGUUCGGAAUUGGUGAGGCAGAUGGGAGUAGCUAGAGCCUCUUAUGGGUUCAUAUACUUGGCUCAGCCUCCAACUUUGAAACAGGCAACCAUAGGGAGCCCUACAAAGCAACACGGCCUUCCCAUUAGGAGGCACCAUUUUCUUGAGCUCAUACUGUAAAAAGUCAUAAUCAGCCCUAAGCUGCGCACCACCUUUCAUUGGCAAACCAUCAAUACUCAAAGAAAGCUUCAUUUUUUCCUCACCCUGCAACCGUAAAUCAAAUUCUAUGGAUUCCUUUAGUCCCCUGCAAUCCGGUUUUCUGCAUUUUCGAGAAUGACACCGGUGGCACAAUUGGGAGAGACCGAGCAUAGCGUGAGAAAGGAGAGAGAAUAAGCAGUGGGGCAUUUUUGGUGAGGAAGGGCAAUGUGAGGGAGAUGAUUUGGAGGAAGAGAGAGAAACAUAUAUAAUGAAAAAGUUUAGGUGCACCUCAAAAAUCAACUUGAAAAAGUUAUUCUACAUUUGAUGGAGAUGUAUGAAUAUGAAAACGGAAAACAAGAUUUCUAGUUCUUAAAAUAGCAUGUAUCAUUUUCAGAAUUUUUGAAUUAUAUAUAGAUAUGUUCAACAUCA